UUUUAAUGUGUUACUUUCAGGUUUCUGGAUCCAAUAUUCUUUGGUGAAUACCCUAGAGAAAUGAGAGAGAUCCUCUCAUCAAACUUACCAAAGUUUACACCAGAAGAAAAGAAGUUGUUGCAAAACAAGGUGGAUUUCAUUGGGAUAAAUCAAUACACAGCAAUUUACGCAAAGGAUUGCAUCUAUUCUCCGUGCGCACUUAACACAUAUGAGGGGAAUGCUCUCGUCUACACCACCGGUGUAAGAAACGGUGCAAAAAUCGGGAAACCUACUGCAUUUUCAACGUAUUUUGUUGUCCCAGAAAGCAUAGAGUCGGCUGUCAUGUACGUCAAUGGUAGAUAUAAGGACACAACAAUCUACAUUACAGAAAACGGCUACUCACAACAUAGCGAUACCAACAUGGAAGAUUUGAUCAAUGACGUUGAAAGGGUCAACUACCUGCAAGGUUACCUCAAGUAUCUUUCCUCGGCGGUCAGGAAGGGAGCAAAUGUAGGGGGGUACUUCAUGUGGUCACUCAUCGAUAAUUUUGAGUGGGUAUUCGGUUACACCAUCAAGUUUGGGCUGUACCAUGUGGAUUUUGACACGCAGGAGAGGAUUCCCAAGAUGUCUGCCAAGUGGUAUAGAGAUUUCCUCACGGGCUCCAAUGUAACAGACGAUACCCAAGUGUGGUCACGUAGAGCAGAUUCUUGAAUAUUCCGAUACAAGUAGCUAUACUACACCGGGGAACUGUUUUAA